AUGCACUCCGCUGCUGUGUCGCGCGGCAUGCGGGUGGCGAUGCCCAGUGCCGCCUCCGCUCUCAAGAUCGUGCUGCUUGCCGCGCUCCUAGGUGUCUCAUCCGCCACGGUGGUCGUCAACACCCACAAUGGGGAGACCUUCGCCUACCUGAAACCCCACCAGACCGUGCCGCCCUCGGCCAAGACCGCCAGCCUGGCCACCUCCGAGAACUGCAUCUGUUCCGAUGCGGACCCUCGCUCCGACGAUACCCUGCUCGUCACGUACGACUGCUACCAUCAGGCCCUGUACGGCAACUGCAAUGCCACAUUCAUGAAGGACUACCUGGAGGAGCUCGUGCAGAACGAUGGCUACUGCCAGAUCAGCUGUGGCCGCUGCAAAUGCUGCUCUGCCCCCUGGGAUGUCAUCCAGAAGACGGGGAGCAGCCGUUUCCUACAGGCGGUGGCCGCGACCAACUCAUCGCUGGAAGCCACGCUGAAGCGCCCAGGCUACACAGGCACCAUCCUGAUUCCCAGCGAUGCGGCGUUCGAGGCGGCGCUGGCCAAGUACCCAGGCCUGCUGCAGGACCCCGCGGUGCUGCUGCAGGUGCUCAAGUUCCACAUCCUGCCCCCCGAACCGCGCACGCGCGGCCUGUGGACCAGCCCCUUCAUGGCGGUGGGUGGCACGCUCUUCUCCCUCUACGACGGCGCCGCCAGCAUCAGGUCAGCCAAGACCGCGCUGCCCGCGGGCCUGACUGCGCAGGGUGGCGUGACCGGGAUCAAGCUGACGGGGCCCGUCAACGGCGCGACCGUGGUGCAGAGCGACCUGCGCGCCUGUAAGACCGUGGUCACCACGCUCGACAGCCUGCUCUGGCCCUUUGACCCCGCCACCCGCCUGUCGGCCACUGCCGAUGCCCUUUCCACGCUGCUGGGGGCCUCCGGCUACGCCCUGGCGCCCAACGCCCAGAUCAACGGCACCCAGGUCGCGGCGGGGUCGGGGAACACACAGGCCAGCGUGCAGGCCUGCGCCGCGUCAUGCGCCAAGGCCUCGGCGUGCAAUGCGUGGAGCUACUGCCCGCAGAUGGGGGGUUGCCGCUUCCCGGACGGGACAACCGUGAAUUACGGGUCCUGCGAGCUGCUGCACUCGGCCGAGGUGGCCGCGGGGGAGGGGCCGGCCUAUGGCAGUAGCGGCUUUGACGAGGUGCCUGUGAUCAGCGGCUGGGCGUCACAGGGUGUGACCCCGGCGGCAGAGAAGGCCCCCGCCACCAACCCUGUGGCGACGGCCGGGCGCUGA